GAAUUCCUCGAAAUCUGCAUAAUAUACGAAUGGCUGAAAUCUCAUUUUUUAAUCACCUGAAAAAUUACCCUUGAACUUGGUCAUCUGUAAUCCUCAAUGUAUCCAAUAACUGAUAACACUAGUGGGUAAAAUGGUUAUCAUUCAACUGGCAGUCCUGUCGACAACAAACAAUCGGACAACAACCUUAUAAUAUAAGCUGAAAGUCGAGAAGCAAGUAGACAAUUUGAGAUUCAUCAUUUGUGUGUUGUUUGCUAGUGUGUUUGUGCGUUUUAAGCUAUUGGGAUAGAAUAUACGAAAUAGAUUAAUUUGAAGGAUUCUCAUAAUGCCAGGUCCCGGCUAUGCGUCCCCCAUUGAUGCUAUGAAAAAUGGCCCAAGGGAAAAGAUUCUUUACGUCAUAUGCAUUCAACCCGACCAGUCCGAGGAAAAAACCGACUUAUUGGCUACUGUUGACGUUGACCCAAAAUCUCCUACUUAUUGUCAGAUAAUACAUAAGCUGAGGACGCAAAGGAAAAACGACGAACUACAUCAUUUUGGCUGGAAUAUCUGCUCCAGUUGCCACGGAAAAGAAUGUUGCUCUAAACGUGAUAAAAUAGUUAUGCCAGCCCUUGGAUCCGAUAGAAUUUAUAUUGUGGAUACUGGGAAAAAUGAGAGAGAACCCAGUAUUUAUAAGGUAAUUGAAGCUGAAGAUAUGCAUAAGGUAAAUUGUUCAUUUCCUCACACUACACACUGCCUCGCAAACGGAGAAAUUAUGAUUUCAACUCUGGGGGACAAAAAUGGUGAAGCCAAAGGUGACUUUAUUUUACUGGACGGAAAAACAUUCGAAAUAAAAGGCACAUGGACCAAAGGCAAAACUGCAAAAUAUGGCUACGACUUUUGGUACCAACCCCAUUUCGAUGUUAUGGUAUCUUCGGAGUGGGGCAAACCCAACCAAAUCAAAAAAGGCUUCGAUCCAACCUGCAACUACAGCGAGUGUUAUGGACAAUCGUUGAAUUUUUACUCUUGGAGUAAACGAGAACUGAUCCAGACAAUCGACCUUGGGUUGGAGGGUCAGACACCUCUGGAAAUUCGUUUCCUCCACGACCCACUCAAGAAGGAGGGUUUUGUUGGAUGUGCUGGGUAUGGGGCGAUAUACAGGUUUUACACGAAUUCUGAUGGUAAAUGGGUUGCCGAUAGAGUCAUACACGUGAAACCAAAAAAAGUCAGUGGCUGGAUUGGCGAAUAUAUGCAAGGUAUCAUAACUGAUAUAUUGAUAUCGUUAGACGACAAAUAUCUCUACUUUUCUAACUGGACUCAUGGUGACAUCAGACAAUAUGAUAUAAGUGAUCCUUGUCACCCAAAAUUAACAGGUCAGAUAUUUCUGGGAGGAAAGCUCCUAUCCGAUUCUGAAAUAAAGGUCCUGGAGGAUCCUGAGUUGAAAGAGAGACCCCAGCCAAUUCACGUGAAGGGCAGGAGGGUCUAUGGUUCACCGCAGAUGAUGCAGCUGUCUCUAGAUGGAAAACGUCUAUAUGUGACAUCUAGCUUAUACUCUCCGCUUGACAAAUACUUUUAUCCUGACCUUGUCCAGCAUGGAUCUGUACUUCUCAAGGUGGAUAUCGACACUGUAAACGGAGGAUUGAAGUUGGAUGAGGAUUUCUUGGUGGAUUUCGGAAUUGGACCAGACGGGCCAUUAUUGGCCCAUGAAAUAAGGUAUCCUGGAGGAGAUUGUACUUCUGACAUUUGGUUAGCAGACUCAAACUAAUAUCGAUUUGUACGAAACAUCUUUAUUUCAUAAAAAAAUAAAUAAAAUUUA